UCAGGGUGUUCAGGAUGCACAGAGUCUCAUAUGAAAGCUGCUCCCUCCGGCGUGGACAGAACAAAUCGUGCCCUUGUGUGUGGACUGAACACUUUUUACUUCAUAACGACGGAAUUCACACUAACUUUGUAAAAUCAAUCUCAGCUCUCAACUGAUGCUUCGCUUUUUUCUGCCGGCAGUAAAUAAUUAUUUGUGACGGAUUUGACGAGUUUAACAUUAUUUUGCAUCGCGUUUAUUAGUGAUUAUGGAAAUAAAAAGUGAGACGUGACUUAAGUGUGCUUGUGUUAGCUUUAGCAGGUUUAGCAUCGGCUAAAGAAUAAGUGCAUAAAACUUACCUCAGCAUUAACACAUAACAGACAGUGUGAUUAACUCGUGUGUUUUGUUUCACUGAACACUAUAAGUGUGUAAAUAAACCGUCGGAGGCGGAAAUAAAAAGUUUGUGGAUCCUUUUGUCACUAGCAAAGUUAGCUUAGGGCUAGUUUGUCCGUUUGGCUUUGUGAGAGGAUUUUAUUCUCUCUCAGGUGAAAAUAAUCCGCGCCAAAGAUGAAGACUUUGUUCAGAUUAAUAAAGAAUAAUGAGUUCAGGACACAAGUGAGUUUAGUGUCUGCUGCUGGAACUGAAGCUAAGCUAACAAUCACAGCCUGCUAGUCAGUCAUGCUAACUUUCACCACACGGUGACUUUUUAUUUUAUCUUUUAUUUUCUUUGUCUAUUGAGAUGUUGUUUUGGGUGUAAAACAGAUUUUUUGUGUGAAAAGAAAAUCCUUUUCGGACAGAAACAUAAUGAAUCUCUGGAGUUUGUUUGUGUUUGUUGUGAUGAAGUGGCUUCAGAUCAGUGCAGAAAUUUGUCCGAGUAAGGACAUCAGGAACAACGUGACUAACAUGCACUCUCUGGAGAACUGCACGGUGAUCGAGGGCCACCUGAAGAUCCUGCUGAUGUUCCACACGAGAGCAGAGGACUUCCGUGGUCUGAGCUUCCCCAAGCUGACGGUAGUGACGGAUUACCUGCUGCUGUUCAGAGUUUACGGCCUGGAGAGCCUGAGCGACCUGUUCCCCAACCUCACGGUCAUCCGAGGUAACAACCUGUUCUUCAACUAUGCCCUGGUCAUCUUUGAGAUGCUGCAGCUGAAGGAGAUCGGACUGCACAGUCUGAUGAACAUCACGCGCGGCGCCGUGAGGCUGGAAAAGAACCCGGACCUGUGUUACCUCUCUACACUCGACUGGUCACAGGUCCUCGACUCUGUGGAAGACAACUACAUCACCACCAAUAAAAACGAGGGAGAGUGUGGAGAUGUGUGUCCCGGCAUGGCCAGGGGCAAGACCAUCUGCCCUCAGACCAUCAUCAACGGGCAGUUUGGGGCACGCUGCUGGACACAACGACACUGCCAACGAAUGUGUCCAUCAGUGUGUAAGGGGAGGGCGUGUAUGGAGGACGGUCAGUGCUGUCACUCAGCGUGUUUGGGAGGCUGCGUGAAGCCGGAUUCUGCCGCGGAGUGUGUGGCGUGUCGUCACUUCCUGCAUGCGGGUGUGUGUGUGGAGGCCUGCCCUCCUGGCUCUCUCUCCUUUAAAGGGUGGCGGUGUGUCAGCCCCGCCUACUGCCACACCCUUCACAUGCAGUGCUCUCGCAAAACACAGGACCAAAGCUGCAACUCCUAUGUCAUCCACCAAGGGGCGUGUGUUCCUGAGUGUCCCUCAGGGUACACCACUGUCAACUCCACAACGCUGAUGUGUUCACCGUGUGCAGGAAUGUGUCCUAAAGUGUGUGUGGGAGAGAAGACAGUGGAUUCGGUGACGGCGGCUCAGGCGCUGCGGGGCUGCACGCUGCUCAACGGCAGCCUCAUCAUCAACAUCCGAGGAGGAAAUAACAUCGCAACAGAACUGGAAGCUAAUCUUGGUCAGCUGGAGGAAAUCACAGGAUACCUGAUGGUGCGUCGCUCGUACGCUCUCGUCUCUCUGUUGUUCCUCAGGAAGCUCAGACUGAUCCGCGGAGAGACGCAGGAAAGGGGGAAUUACUCGUUCUUCGCUCUGGAUAAUCAGAACCUACGUCAGCUGUGGGACUGGUCCAAACACAACCUGAGCAUCCAGCAGGGCCGCAUGUUCUUCCACCACAACUCCAAACUGUGUAUGAGUGAGAUCCGCAAGAUGGAGGAGGUGACGGGGACGAGAGACAGACAGCCUAAGAACGACAUCGGCUUUAAAACCAAUGGAGACCAGGUGUCAUGUGAGUACCGGGUGCUGAAGUUUACGACAGUUCGGACUCAUUCAGAUAAAAUCAUUAUAAAAUGGGAGCCGUUCUGGCCGCCGGACUUCAGGGACCUGCUGGGCUUCAUGGUGCUGUAUAAAGAAGCGCCGUACAAGAACGUGACAGAGUUCGAUGGACGAGGUGCGUGUGGCUCUAACAGCUGGGUGAUUGCAGAUGUGGAUCCUCCUCAUCGCUCCAGUGAUGUUCGACAGCAGCAGGAACCUGGAUUCCUCAUCAGAUCUUUAAAGCCCUGGACUCAGUAUGCCAUCAUGGUUAAAGCUCAGCUCUCCACGUCUGACGAACACCAAGUCCAAGGGGCCAAGAGCCGGAUCAUCUACGUCCGCACCAAUGCCACCAAGCCGUCUGUGCCGCUGGAUCCGAUCUCAUCCUCCAACUCGUCCUCUCAGAUCAUCCUGAAGUGGAAACCUCCCAAUGACCCCAAUGGCAACGUCACACACUACGUAGUGUCCUGCCUACAGCAGCCUGAGGCCAGCGAGCUCUACAAGUUUGACUACUGCCAGAAAGGCAUGAAACUACCAUCUCGAGCCCCCACACAGGUGGACAGUAAGGAGGGAGAGAAGUGGAACCAGACAGCAGAGUCAGGACUGAGUGAGAGCUGCUGUCCGUGUCCUAAAACUGAGAAACAGCUGAAGAAAGAAGCAGAGGAAAGUGAAUACCGCAAAACCUUUGAGAAUUACCUGCACAACGAGGUCUUCCGCAUCAGACCAUCCCGUCAGCGCAGGUCCCUCGUGGGCGUGGCCAACAGCACAGUCCCCACCUUCAUGACCACACCUGCUCCCCUCCCAAGCCUGAGUCUGGAGGGGGAGGCGGAGUCAAAUAAGAUUAUUCAGUUCGUCUAUGGUAAGGAAUCAACAGUGAUCUCCACCCUGAGACACUUCACCAGCUACCAGAUCGAGAUUCACGCCUGCAACAACCAGCCAGGUGACCCUGAGCGCUGCAGCAUGGCCGCCUACGUCAGUGCGCGCACCUUACCUGAGGAUCACGCUGAUGACAUCCUCGGACAGGUUCUAUUUAACGUUGUUGAUUAUUCGGUGCACAUCAGAUGGGCAGAGCCAAAAGCCCCAAAUGGCAUGAUCAUACUGUACGAGGUGAACUACAAGAGACUGGGAGAUACAGAGGAGCUGAGUCACUGUGUGUCCAGGAAGCAGUACAUCAGUGAUAGUGGCUGCAGGUUGCGAUUGGUUAAUCCUGGCAAUUACACCGUGCGAAUCCGAGCCACAUCACUAACAGGAAACGGGUCCUGGACAGAACCUGCAUACUUUUACAUCAAAGAUCUCCGUGUGGAUCCAUCUAACAUGUUAAAGAUUAUUGUCGUCCCGGUGGUGUGUGUUGUGUUGGUGGUGCUGAUGGCGACAGCCGGAUUAGUCAUGUUCAGAAAGAAGCAUGCAGAAGGACCAACUGGACGCCUGUACACUUCACCAAACCCAGAAUAUCUCAGUCCAGAUGAAAUGUAUGAGCCGGACGAGUGGGAGGUGGCUCGGGAGAAGAUCACCCUGCUGCGUGAGCUGGGUCAGGGCUCGUUCGGGAUGGUGUACGAGGGUGUGGGCCGUGACGUGGUGAAGGGCGAGGCUCAGACACGUGUUGCUGUUAAAACAGUUAACGAGGCGGCGAGUCUUCGGGAGAGGAUCGAGUUCCUCAAUGAGGCCUCCGUCAUGAAGGCUUUCAACUGUCACCAUGUGGUGAGGCUGCUGGGCGUGGUCUCUAAAGGCCAGCCCACUCUGGUGGUGAUGGAGCUGAUGACACACGGAGAUCUGAAGAGUUACCUGCGUCGUCUCCGCCCCGAUUCUGAGAAUAACCCGGGCCGUCCUCCCCCCACACUGAGGGAGAUGAUACAGACUGCAGCAGAGAUCGCAGAUGGAAUGGCGUAUCUCAACGCUAAGAAGUUUGUGCACAGAGACCUGGCAGCUAGAAACUGCAUGGUGUCUGAAGAUUACACCGUCAAGAUUGGCGACUUCGGAAUGACGCGGGAUAUUUAUGAGACAGAUUAUUACAGAAAGGGAGGUAAAGGGCUUCUUCCUGUCAGAUGGAUGGCACCUGAGUCUCUGAAGGAUGGAGUGUUUACUGCACACUCAGACUGCUGGUCGUUCGGCGUGGUCCUGUGGGAGAUCAGCACACUAGCUGAACAGCCCUAUCAGGGUCUGUCUAAUGAGCAGGUGCUGAAGUUUGUGAUGGACGGAGGAUUUCUGGAGCGGCCAGAUAACUGUCCAGACAGACUUCACAGUCUGAUGCAGAUGUGUUGGCACUACAACCCGAAGCUGCGUCCUACGUUUCAGGAGAUCGUUGAGAUGUUGAGAGAUGAGCUCCAUCCCUCCUUCACCGAUCUGUCGUUCUUCUACAGCGAGGAGAACCGGAUCCGAGCGCAGGACGGUGAUGACUUUGACAUGGACUUAGAGAACAUGGAGAGCAUCCCCCUGUCCUCCUACACCCCCGAGGACGAGGGCACAUAUGAAGGACUCGUCCCCUACACACACAUGAAUGGGGAAAAGAAAAACGGACGUAUUCUCUCACUCCCUCGCUCCAGUCCCUCCUAAUGCAGCAUCAGCAGCUCCAAGCCCCGCCCCCUUUUCCCCAAUGUUAAAAGAUUUCUUUUUCUUCUUCACUGGGUUUUAGAGACUCACUUUUUUAAUCACUUCCUGUUUCCCCCUCAAACACGUCUGGACUCUAGGCUACGUGUAGAACACUUGGAGCGGUGCAUUAUGGGUAACACACACAGUCAGGUGCAGUGCAUUAUGGGUAACACACACAGUCAGGUGCAGUGCAUUAUGGGUAACACACACAGUCAGGUGCAGUGCAUUAUGGGUAACACACACAGUCAGGUGCAGUGCAUUAUGGGUAACACACACAGUCAGGUGCAGUGCAUUAUGGGUAACACACACAGUCAGGUGCAGUGCAUUAUGGGUAACACACACAGUCAGGUGCAGUGCAUUAUGGGUAACACACACAGUCAGGUGCAGUGCAUUAUGGGUAACACACACAGUCAGGUGCAGUGCAUUAUGGGUAACACACACAGUCAGGCGCAGUGCAUUAUGGGUAACACACACAGUCAGGUGCAGUGCAUUAUGGGUAACACACACAGUCAGGUGCAGUGCAUUAUGGGUAACACACACAGUCAGGUGCAGUGCAUUAUGGGUAACACACAGUCAGGUGCAGUGCAUUAUGGGUAACACACACAGUCAGGUGCAGUGCAUUAUGGGUAACACACACAGUCAGGUGCAGUGCAUAUAUAAAUGGACUAGCUGUGUUAGAAUGGAUUUGGUGUUUGGGGCGGAGUCUGAACGUUAUGAUCAACAUUGUGCACGUGAUCUGGAGCGUUUGGGGGCGGAGCCUUGAUGUUCCUGUAGUUGUGUGUCACACGUGACUCUGCUUGUUUUUGUAUACGUAGAGAAGCUGCACUCAUCAUUUGUACUGAGAGCAGGCUGACUGCCACGCCCCAAAGACCAACAUGUAGAUCUCCACCAAUCAGAAGUCUGCUUCAGUGGUCUGUCACAGAGAAAUGAGAGACAAGACAUCACUGAGGGCAGAAACUCUCUCUGUGUCUCUGUCUGUCUCUCUCUCUCUGUCUGUGUGUGUGUGUGUCUCUCUGUCUCUGUCUGUCUCUCUCUCUCUGUCUGUGUGUGUGUCUCUCUCUGUCUCUCUCUCUUUGUCUCUCUCUCUCUGUCUGUCUGUCUCUCUUUCUGUCUGUGUGUCUCUGUGUGUGUCUCUCUGUCUCUGUGUGUGUCUCUCUCUCUCUGUCUCUCUGUGUGUGUCUCUCUCUUUCUCUCUCUCUCUCUCUCUGUCUCUCUCUCUCUCUGUCUGUCUCUCUGUCUGUCUCUCUCUCUCUGUCUCUCUCUCUCUCUCUGUCUCUCUCUCUCUUUGUCUCUCUCUCUCUCUCUCUCUGUCUCUCUCUCUCUCUCUGUCUCUCUCUCUCUCUGUCUGUCUCUCUGUCUGUCUCUCUCUCUCUGUCUCUCUCUCUCUCUCUGUCUCUCUCUCUCUUUGUCUCUCUCUCUCUCUCUCUCUCUCUCUCUCUCUCUCUCUCUCUCUCUGUCUCUCUGUCUCUCUCUCUCUCUCUCUGUCUGUCUCUCUGUCUGUCUCUCUCUCUCUGUCUCUCUCUCUCUCUCUGUCUCUCUCUCUCUUUGUCUCUCUCUCUCUCUCUCUCUCUGUCUCUCUCUCUCUCUCUCUCUCUCUCUCUGUCUCUCUCUCUCUCUCUCUCUCUCUCUCUCUCUCUCUCUCUCUCUCUCUCUCUCUCUCUCUCUCUCUCUCUCUCUCUCUCUCUCUCUGUCUCUCUCUCUCUCUCUCACUGUUCUGUCCCUUUGAUGUACACCAGCAAGUCAGUUCCUUUAUCACGAGGAACAUUUUAAUAAUCAUUAAAAUGAAAUAGAACUUUAUAUGUUUACAUCCCAGCUGUUCCUCCCAGUAGACUCCGCCCCCUGUCUCUGGCCAAUUGACUCCGCCCCCUGUCUCUGGCCAAUCGAUCUUUAUUUUCAGAAUAUUUUGCAGUUAAUGUGCCGUUUUUAUUGUUUUAUUGCAGGAGAAUCAGUUUUACUGAUGCGUCAUAAAUCAGUGCUAUAAUUUUUUCCCUACAGACAAAAUGAAGGAUAAACAUGUGUAUGUCUGUUUCUCUCUUUCUCUCUCUGUCUUUUUUAUUUUUAUAUUCAUCCCUCAUCUGACUCUCUAUCUGCCUUUUAUUUCUCUCUUUCCCGUACGUAUAAUGUAUCAUGUCUGUUUUUUCUUUUCUUUGUACUUUUGGCUUUCUCCCUCCCCUUCUUUCCCUCUCUCCCUCUCCCUUUUUCUCUCUCUCCCCCCUCCUCCCCCCCCCCUCCCAGACAACUGACUGAUGAUGUGUUUGAACUGUAUUUAAGUUUUUCUUUAUUAUCUUUGUGUUAAAGCUGAAGGACACUACACAACUGUUUAUCACUACAUGUUACACACACACACACACGUUCCUACUGACCUCAGAGCCUUGCCGUUACGUUGUUAAAUGGGGGCGUGUCCUGAUGCUAUAAUGCGUUACCAUGACAACAACAGAGAUUUUACUAUUCAAAUGUAAUCGUCAGACGACAGACUAGUGAGCGCUCAGAGCUCGUUCAUGUAGCAUUAUCUCAGACUUCACAGUUUGGACGUUAUUUCUAUUUUUAUGACAUAAUUACAUAAGCUUAUGUUUUGAGUUGUUGCCAUGGUGAUGAAGCUAUAGAUUACAUUUCAGCAAAAAUGUAUAUGUACAAAAAACGUGUGUGUGUGUAAAAAAACAGAUCUGACCAGUAGAUGCUGCUUUAAUAAAUAUAUUUUAUUGGGUUAUGAAUGA